UCCGCAGCAGUAACUUCACCUACUUUAUUUCCUCCCUUUCCAGGGUCUAUAAAGAGGCCCGGUACCGCCCAGCGUCUGGUCUGGUCUGGUCUGAACUUCACACUGUUACAAUGGGCAAGAUUAUCUUCUACGAAGAGAGGAACUUCCAGGGCCGUCACCACGAGUGCAGCAAUGACUGCUCUGACAUGCAAAGCUACUUUAGCCGCUGCAACUCGAUAAAGGUGGAGAGCGGUUGCUGGGUGGCCUACGAGAAGCCCAAUUACGGUGGCUACCAGUACAUGCUGCACAAGGGCGACUACCCCGACUACCAGCGCUGGGCCGGCUUCAAUGACUGCAUCCGCUCAUGCCGUAUGGUGCCACCUUACAAUGGGAACUACAGGAUGAAGAUCUUCGAGCGCUCUGACUUUGGGGGCCAGAAUUUGGAGCUAAUGGAAGACUGCCCAAAUCUGCAUGAGCGUUUCCACACGCGCGACAUCUCUUCCGUCAACGUCAUGGAGGGCUACUGGAUGCUGCACGAACACCCCAAUUACAGGGGACGCCAGUACUUCCUGCUUCCUGGAGAGUACAGGAGGCACAGUGAGUGGGGGAGCACCAGCCCUACUAUCGGGUCUCUGAGACGUGUCACUGAGAUCAACUGAUUCCCACCAUCUUUUUUAUAACCCUGAUUUAGGCCCACUAUUACAUUUCCAUCCUCCUGGUCCCCUUAAUGCGAGCACUGUUCCAGUGUGGUCACAACACUGUGGCGUCCAAAGCUGAAAUGACUCAUUGUAAUGAUGAACAUUUUGGUUUGUCUGAUGCCGGGAUCUGGUUUUGUUAGAUUGCUUUGCAUUGUUGGGGAAAGUUUACCCCCUAAAUUCAUUUGCAAGCAAUUCUUACAAUUGAGAGCGCUGACUUUUUUCACUUUGGUCAGUCCAUAGCAAAAAGCUCUGCCUCUGCAGUCCCCCAACCUCUUGUCCUACUGGAAUCACAAUAAAGGAAAACUUGAUGAAACUAAA